AUGACUGCCCGUUUUUUGUGCUUGCUUGCUAUACUUAUGUAUGUCACCACCGGUCCCAAAGGUGGGGAAGGGUUUCAAGACACAGUGAGUCAUGUAAGUGCGGCAUGUCUCAUGUCGGAAGCGCUGCAUGGAGUACCCAACAGUGUCAAAGUGUUCAAGACGUCGGCGGCAGCGAAUGUCUCGGAUGCCUCUAAAGCGAGAGAAGGUUGCCAAGAUGCCGUGAGACGAGCGGAGGAUGCCUUUUCGAGUACUCCCAAGGUGGAGGAGGCCGUCGGACGCGCUCGCGCUGCCCUAAAGGAAGCAGAGAGCGCGGAGAAUGCCGCCAAGACGGCCCUGUCGGAUGUGGAGCAAUACGCUGCCAAUGCCUCAGCGCUCGCGAACAACAAUGUAGCUCUGGUUGAUGAUUAUCUGAAAAGUGUUGCAGAGGACAAUAGUGCCGCCAGUACUGCAAGACGAAUUGCGAGAGACUGCAAUGCCCCACUUGAAGUUAGUUCCUGGGUACUGACACAGGCUGUGGAAUCCGGUUGUGCCGUUUUCAUGACAGUUAUCUGCAACACUGCGAGGGCGCGUAUGGCUGAUCUCAGGGCGGAAUAUGAUCAAUUAGAGGCUGCUGUGCGGCGUGCCAGCGAAGCAAGAGUUGCAGCAAGGGCAGCUGAAAGCAACGCACACAAGGCAGCUGAGGAAGCCGAAAGGACGGCAGAGACGGAAAAAGCGAAAGUUAAGGAAGUGCCGAAGAAGGAUCCUGAAGGAAAAGUGGAAAUUUCUGACGAUGAUCAUGUGCAGGAAUUGGGUGACGAUGAGGGUGAGGAAGCAGAAGUUGGUAAUGACGGCAGCUAUGCAGAAUCUAUAGGAGGAUACACAUUACUGAUCCUUCUUGCAGCACUUUUUCACAGUGCUGCCGCACAUUUUUAA